GCCACUAUGACUACCCUUCCCGAAUGUGCACGACGGCUGUCUAUCCGGUGCUCCGCACCGGUGGACUAUGUUCCCGGUCUCGGUAUGGGGUUCCAUGUCAUAGUAUCUGUACUAUGAUUACGGGAAGCACCGGGGUGCUUGCCCUUCGUACAUUGAACCCCUCAUGAGGGGAAGCGUUGACGGGCCGGGCUUGUAUGACCUGCCCGUUAUAUAUCUCGCCAAAUCCGCAUUAACAACACCAUCUCACUCAUUACCAAAACAUCAAAAAGUCAUACUUCAAAAGUUCACUCUUACUCUACAAAAACAUCUUCAAAAUGCCCUCAAUCCACCCCCUAAUCGACAACGGCCUCACCAAAGGCGACCCCAACUUCUCCGGCGGCGACCUCUACUGCCACUGCCCCUCAGACAAAGUCAAAGUCACCCUGAAAAGCAACGUCGCCCACAACCACGCCUGCGGCUGCUCCAAAUGCUGGAAACCUGCAGGCUCCCUCUUCUCAAUCGUCGGCGUCGUCCCCCGCGACGCCCUAGCCGUCACCGCAAACCCCCAGAAACUCAUCACCGUCGACAACACAGCCAGUAUUAUCCGCAACGCCUGCAAGGACUGUGGCGUGCAUUUGUUUGGGCGCAUUGAGAAGGACCAUCCGUUUAAGGGUUUGGAUUUUGUGCAUGCUGAGUUGUCGGAUACGAAGGGCUGGCAGGAGCCGCAGUUUGCGGGAUUUGUUUCGUCGAUUAUUGAGCAGGGGUAUCGGCCUGAGGGGAUGGGGGAGGUUAGGGGGAAGUUUAGGGAGAAUGGGCUGGAGACGUAUGAUGUUUUGUCGCCGGCAUUGAUGGAUUUGAUUGCGACGCAUACGGCUAAGGCUUCGGGGCAAGUAUGA